UGACGUCAUAAAUAUUACCUAUUAUGACGUCACAUAUGUGACUCACUAUGUACAAUUAGUUACCAUUUGUGGCAAACAGUUUACAUUGAAUUGGGAUCAGACACUAUGGGCUGUAUCGAAUCUAAAGGAGAAGGCGGACACAAACGUAGACUUACAUUGAGCUCACUAUUAAGGAGACUGCAGCAUAAUAAGGUUGUGCCAUUUAUUGACAAUACGGCUGGCGGCGCUCUAAAUACCGGGACACCUAUGUUAAUUUUGACAAGAAAGACUGAACGAAUGGUUUUGCAGCAGCUGUGGGCAGAGGGCAUCAUACCAAAGAGGCGAGACGGCGGUGUAGAAUUUACGAUUGAAAUUGGUGACAAAAAAACACAACGGAACUCACAUGAUUUAUCUCUCUCCAUACUACCAGGUGUACCACAACGUUCGACUGUCGAGAGAUCUCGACCCGUCGUACUGCAAGAGACUGAUAGCAAUUGAAGAGAAGAUGGACAGAGCAAAAUCGAACCGUGAAAUGACGAUUAAGGAACGGAACCUAAAGGCGGCUAGAACCACCGAGGCGGCCCGAAAGAGACGUGAAAAUAAGCUGAGGGAACAAAUGCCUGUUGUCAAUGAUACACCUCGAUAAAGUUAUAAAUACAUGUACAUGCGAUAUGCAAAUAAACUCUCACGUGCUUC